CAAUAGCCAAUAGGUAGCGGAGCACCGCACCGCGAAGCAAACGAGAGGGGAAAAAAAAGCACGAGGAGGCCGCGCCCGCGAAGGAAUCACUUGCCCGGGCGUGGGCCGCCCACCGGCCACCGCCCAGCCGCUGCCGCAGUGCCGCCCGCCUGCCUGCCUGCCUGGUGCGGUGGUGCCUGCCCACGGGAACGGGAUAGCUGGCUGACGGACGCAUUGCGGAGCGGACUGGGAGACUACGGGUAAGAUAAUAAAAGGGCCAGGCGUGGCGGGGCGCAACCACCGCUGUGCCUCGGAGAGGAGGACAGCUCUCGCGCCGCGGCUGCCGCCAUGUGGACGCCGUCGCGCGGGAGCAACGCCCGGCGCAGCGGCCACCGCCGCAUCGCGGACUACCUGGCGGACGACCAGACCACCACCACAGCCACCGACGCCUCCGACAACGAGUCCUACACUACCGCCUAUGGGGAGGAGUUCUUCGCCGCCGCCGCCGCCGGGAGCGGCGGCGCCGGCGGCAUGCUGCCGGCAUUCCUGGCGGACCAGGGGGACCUGGUGGAGGUCAUGCUGGAGCUGGACGAGGAGUCCAUGGUGGUGCGCAGCGUCACGCCCACCAGCGCGGCGCUCUACGGCGCCGCCUCCCUCCCGGCGCCGCCGUCCGCGGGGGUCCUCGGGGUGUCGCCGUCGCCGCGCCGCGCGCCUUCGGAGGGCGGCGGCCGCCUGAGCCGGUGCUCGUCGACGUCGUCGCGGAUACGGAAGAAGUUCGCGUGGCUCCGGUCGCCGUCGCCCUCCCCGUCCCCGUACCGCCCCACGCCCGCCGAGCUUCAGCGGGAGGCCGCCAUGGCGGCGCGCGAGCGGCGGCGGGAGCAGGCGCAGCUCAACCGGUCCCGCGCCGGCGCCAGGCGCGCGCUCAAGGGCCUCCGCUUCAUCAGCCGCACCACGGGCUCCGUCGAGGCCGCCGAGCUCUGGCGCCGCGUCGAGGAGCGCUUCAACGACCUCGCCCGCGAAGGGCUGCUCUCCCGCGACGACUUCGGCGAAUGCAUCGGAAUGGUGGACUCCAAGGAGUUCGCGGUGGGCAUCUUCGACGCGCUGGCGCGGCGGCGGCGGCAGAACCUGGAGCGGAUCACCAAGGAGGAGCUCUACGACUUCUGGCUCCAGAUCUCCGAUCAGAGCUUCGACGCGCGGCUCCAGAUCUUCUUCGACAUGGUGGACACCAACGUGGACGGGAGGAUAACGAGGGAGGAAGUACAGGAGCUGAUCGUGCUCAGCGCGUCGGCCAACAAGCUGGCAAAGCUCAAGGAGCAGGCGGAGGAGUACGCGUCGCUCAUCAUGGAGGAGCUCGACCCGGAGAAGCUUGGCUACAUUGAGCUGUGGCAGCUCGAAGCGCUGCUGCUCCAGCGCGACACCUACAUGAACUACAGCCGCCCGCUGAGCACGGCCAGCGGGGCCCAGUGGAGCCAGAACCUCGGCGUCGGCGGCGCGCUGACGAUAACAGGGGGAGGAGGAGACGGCGGCUGCGGCGUGGACGGCGACCACCCGGGGCCUCCGCGCGAGCGUCGCCGGAGCUGGGGCGUGCGGAAGGCGGCGGCGCGGGUGCGCGUGGCGGCGGAGGAGAACUGGCGCCGCGCCUGGGUGCUGGCGUUGUGGUUCGCGGCCAUGGCGGCGCUGUUCGUGUGGAAGUUCGUCCAGUACCGGCGCAUGGCGGCGUUCCAGGUGAUGGGGUACUGCCUCCCCACGGCCAAGGGCGCCGCGGAGACGCUCAAGCUCAACAUGGCGCUCGUGCUGCUCCCCGUCUGCCGCAACACGCUCACGUGGCUCCGCUCCUCCUGGGCCCGCUUCUUCGUCCCCUUCGACGACAACAUCACCUUCCACAAGAUGAUCGCGACGGCGAUCGUGGUGGGGAUCACGCUGCACGCGGGGAACCACCUGGCGUGCGACUUCCCGCGGGUGAUCGCGGCGAGCCCGGAGGAGUACGCGCUCGUCGCGGGCGCGUUCGGCGCGGACAAGCCGACGUACGCGGGGCUCCUGUCGGGCACGGAGGGCGUGACGGGCGUGGCCAUGGUGGUGCUGAUGACCGUCUCCUUCACGCUGGCCACGCACCCGUUCCGCAAGGGGGAGCCCAAGGGCGCGGGCGCGGCCGCCGGCACGUCGCGGCUCCCGGCGCCACUGAACCGGCUCACCGGCUUCAACGCCUUCUGGUACUCGCACCACCUCCUCGGCAUCGUGUACGCGCUCCUGCUCGCGCACGGCUACUUCCUCUUCCUCGUCCGGAGGUGGUACGAGAAGACGACAUGGAUGUACAUUUCGGUCCCGCUGCUGCUCUACGUCGGUGAAAGGAUGCUUAGAGCCUUGAGGUCAAAUGCUUAUACCGUGAAAAUUCUCAAGGUGUGUCUUCUACCUGGAAAUGUGUUGACCAUAACGAUGUCAAAGCCCUAUGGAUUUCGUUACAGAAGUGGACAGUACAUAUUUCUUCAAUGUCCAAUAAUUUCUCCAUUUGAAUGGCAUCCUUUCUCCAUCACUUCAGCACCUGGAGAUGACUACCUCAGUGUCCACAUCCGGACAAACGGUGACUGGACACAGGAGCUCAAGCGCAUAUUUGUGGAGAACUACUUCUCGCCGCAUCUCAACAGAAGAGCUUCGUUUAGCGAGCUAGGUGCGGCAGAACCAAGAAGCUUGCCAAAAUUACUCGUAGAUGGUCCCUAUGGUGCCCCUGCGCAGGAUUUUAGAAACUACGACGUUCUACUUCUCGUCGGCCUCGGAAUCGGGGCAACACCGUUCAUAAGCAUUCUACGGGAUCUGCUUAAUAACAUUAAGAUAGCUGACGAGCUGAUGGACUUGGCAAUGGAGACCAGCAGGUCUGAAGACAGCGCCAACAGCUUUAGCGUCUCAACGGCGAGUAGCAACCGGAAGAGAGCAUACAGAACAAGCCGUGCACAUUUCUACUGGGUCACCCGAGAAGCCGGAUCCUUUGAAUGGUUCAAAGGGGUGAUGAAUGAGGUUGCAGAAAUGGACAAGAAGGGUAUCAUAGAGCUGCACAAUUACCUCACUAGCGUUUACGAGGAACGCGACGCACGGACAACUCUGCUGUCCAUGGUCCAGGCUCUGAACCACGCCAAGCACGGCGUCGAUAUCGUAUCGGGGACCAGGGUGAGGACGCAUUUCGCCAGACCCAACUGGAAGGAAGUCUUCACCAGGAUCGCCUCCAAGCAUCCGAAUUCAACAGUUGGUGUGUUCUACUGCGGCGCACCGACGCUUGCCAAGGAGCUGAAGGCUCUGGCGCACGAGAUGAGCCACAGGACGGGCACUCGCUUCCAUUUCCACAAGGAGUACUUCUGAGUUUCGACGGAUAGAAUGGGCAGUCGAUGCUCGUUCUAACGUGAUCUGGUCUUUUCUGAUCUGAUCUCGAUAGCGUUAGGUACCGGUAAAGAAGACAGAAUUUUGCACAGAUGCAAGACAAACCAAGCUGACCUCUCCUCCUGAUCUGGAACUGUACAUAGCAUAAAAGAAGCACCACAGGGUUAGCUUAGUAUACGUAGCACAAUUCAAAUAAAUAUAUUGACAAAGAAAAGAGAGACAGAGAAAGGGCAGGAUAGAGGCUGUUGUUGUUAACUCGAAGAUAUUGAUGAUAGGCAUGGCGGUAUACGUGUAUACAUUAUAGUUAGGUGCUAGGUGGUAGUUAUAUAUAUACUGUAUAUGAUAUGGGUCGAUGAAUAUACGAGGAGCCACAUGCUGCUGCCAUUCUCAAAUGUGGACGUGCAUUCUUCAGGCGUGUUCGUGACUGUUUGGCUGGUGGUUGCCCAUGUGAG